AUGUCUGACAAACCUGACAUGACUGAGAUUGCCCGUUUCGACAAGACAAAGCUGAAGAAGACAGAGACAAAAGAAAAAAACCCUCUGCCCACCAAAGAGACCAUCGAGCAAGAGAGGAAAGGCGAUGCCACACCUUGACUUUUGAGCACAUGAAGAAAAGAAGCUGAGAUGCCGCAGAAAAAAGCACUUUCUUUUGAUUAUCACAGUAUUUGAAUCUCUUGCUUUGUCUUCAGAAAAGGGUGCUCUUGAGCUCCCGGGGGAUGCUAUAAUGGAAUAUGGCAUCCUUACAUGGGGGCUCUCUUACCACAUUGGGUGUAAAACGUUAUA